AUGGAAGAACCAGAGCCCCUCCAUCAAAUUACUCAAAUCGGAAGAUCCAUUGGUGUUUCUAACUCGCCGGAAUUCGAAUUCUUCAGCUCCUUCUCUCCACCCGGCCUCCUCUCCGCCGACCAGCUGUUCUCCGGCGGCGUACUCCUCCCCCUCCACCACCUCCGCUUGUCCGACAACACCCCCCCGCCGGCGCAAGAUCCACAAUCAUCUGGGUCGGAUCCAUUGCGGCCCGAGACCGAACCCGAAGUCCCCUCCAUCGGAUCGGCUCGAUUGACGGCGGCAGCUCCCAGUAGUACCCAGUCCCUCUCACGGCGGUGGAGCGAUAUUUUCCGGCGAAACGAGAAGAAAAGCCCACGGGCCUCCAUGGACAUGGACGCUGAUCAGGAUCUAAUUAACACCAAGGAAAAGGAUACAAUUGUCUUUAAGGAGAAGAAGAGAGAGAGGAGCACCAGCGGCCGCGGGAACGGCGUCACGGCGGCGGAGCUCAACAUCAACAUAUGGCCCUUCUCGAGGAGCAGGUCCGCCGGGAACGGCGCGGCUCGGCCGCGGCCGGCGCCGGCGCCGGCGCGGAAGGCGAGCAGCGCGCCCUGUUCCAGGAGCAACUCGGCCAGCGAGUCGAAGUCGAGGCGGUGGCCGAGCAGCCCCGGUCGCGGGGUCCCCGUGGGGAGGAGCAGCCCCGUCUGGCAGGUCCGGCGCGGCGGAGGUAGGCGGAGCUUCGAGUCGGCCGUCAUGAAGGACGGCGGCGAGGGUCGCCGGAAAGUGCCCCCGCCGGUGCCCGGGAGCCAUUCUAGAGCUAGGUCAUUGAGUCUGAAUAUUCCGACUUGUAUUGGGUACCGGCAGCAUUCGGGUUGCAGAAGCGCAGAGUGCGUCGUCGCCGCCGCCGGCGGCGGUGGCGAAGGCGUCGCCGCCGAAGGAGCACGUGGAAGUGGUUCGUUUAGUAUAAAAAGUCUGUUUACCAAGAAAGCCUAUUAG